UUGUGAUGUUAAGUAGUAGCAUUACAAUCACAACCAUGGACGACAGCACUUGGGAAUUGAUCGAAGACAGCCGUUUGAAGUUCGCAGGAACAGAUCCACAAUUUCAUAGGGUUUCAAUUAAACCAGGCAGCUUUAGCGCUAAAAAUCAAUUGAACAAUCCUGAGUGUGUGCUAGCUGCUCGGUUCCAGCAAUAUUUACCGUACAUUUUUAAUUACGACGUUCGAUCCGACGAUAUUUGGAUCGUAACGUAUCCAAGAAGUGGAACUACAUGGACACAGGAAAUGGUUUGGCUCAUCAACAAUGGAUAUGAUUAUCAAAAGGCACAAAAUAUUCCGUUGACACAUCGGUCGCCAACGUUAAGAAAUUUGAUACACGAUAAACAGGAAAUGAACCCAACCAAUGAUGACUCCGAAACCAAAUUUCUUUACGGAAAAAAUUGCAGUCCGCCACAUCAUAUAAAAAAUCAUUUGCCUGCCGCAUUUCUACCGAGCAGUAUUUGGACAGUGAAACCGAAAAUUAUUUACGUGGCACGUAAUCCGAAAGACUCGGCCGUAUCCUUUUACCAUUACUACAAGAUGGUCUACAAAUACGACGGAACCAUGGAAGAUUUUCUAACUUUAUUACUGGACGGUCUGACUGAGUUUGGAUCACAAACACGUCACAUUUUAGAUUUUUGGGAUCUGCGGAAUGAAGAGAACGUUCUGUUCCUAACGUAUGAGGAAAUGAAAAGGGAUUUGAAGAAGGUUCUGCAAACUGUUGCCACAUUUCUGGGAAAGACUAUAACAAAUACGCAGUUGGAUGAGAUGAACGAUUAUUUGCAUAUCAGUGCAAUGAGAGAUAGAGCCAGCAACAUACUCAAUGCAACUGAGAGAGCUGCAUCGUUCAAAGAUGUUCCACAACAAUUCUUUAGACAAGGUAAAUGCGGCUCCUACAAAGAUGAAAUGAACGAGGAAAUAAUUGAAAAAUUCAAUGAACUAAUUGGAAGAGAAUUGACUGCAAAUGGUUGUGAUAUUUAUGCAUAAAUUUUCGUUUUGAUUUUAACGGUAAAUUGGCAUCGAGAUGCAAACUUAAAUUAUUGGAAAACUUUAUUAAAUUGGCAGACUAAAUCGCUUUUAGUUUGUGUAGAACGCUAAUGCGCUCG